UGAAAAAGAAGAAGAAAAGUUCAUUAAUGUAUUUCGCGCCUAAUAAAUAUUUUUAUAAAUUUUUAGAAUGUGGGGCGAUUAUAAAAGUUUUGGAAACGAUUCAACUGCUGGUGGUUUUCUUAAUACGACUACUAAUCAAGAUGAAACAAUUUCCGAAAAUAAGCCGGUUCGUAGAUCUCAAAACGUUGUACCACUUGUAAUACAACAAAUUAAAAAUUGCCAUGAAGACGAUUUUAAGCUGUUUGGAACUCCCGUUCAAAUAGUAAAGUUAGUUGGAAUUCUUAAGAAUUUUGAAGUACAAUCGACUAAAGCUACGUAUACUAUAGAAGAUCAUACUGGAACCAUCAAAGCAGUAUUAUGGCUGGAAAGUGAUGGCGAUACUCCUACAAAUUUACCAAAUGUUAAGGAGGAAAGUUACAUUCAAUUGUUUGGUUCUCUAAGACACCAGAAUGGCGAAAAAACAGUUAUGAUAUUGAGGAUGUUCCCUAUAAGCGACUGUAAUAUAAUCACUUCACAUCUGUUGGAAACUAUUUACACAAGAUUAUCAGCCGAAGCCGAUAGUAAGAGAGUUCUGAGCGACAUUAAUGUCAAUAAUCCAGGUGCAGCUUUAGCUAAUUCUAUGAGUUUCGUUGAUUAUGAAAUGGGCGGUGGAGGCAGUUCCGGACUUAGCCCAAUGCAAGAGAAGGUAUUUAAAAUAUUGGAAACUGAUGAUACAAUGAACGGUAUGAGUCGGGAUACUUUGUAUUCUAAAUUCCCCCCCAACCAACACAAACAAGUCAAUGAUGCAUUGCAGUUUUUAAGUAAUGAAGGUCAUGUAUAUUCAACCAUAGAUGGAGAUCAUUUUAAAGUAACCACUAUGUAACCCCCUUAAAGUUUUCAUUAUUUGGUGUUGUAUCUAUAUUUAAGGUGUAAAAAUAAACUUUUAUCUAAG